GGCGGCCCUGACACCAUGGAGCCUGGUGACGCGGCGCGCCUCGGCCCGGGACGGGCGGCCCGGGCGCUGCCACCGCGGCUGCUGCUGCUGCCGCUGCUGCCGCUGCUGCUGGGUCGGGGGCUGCGCGCCGCGGCCUCGGCCUCCUCCUCUGGGGCGGCGGCCGAGGACAGCAGCGCCAUGGAGGAGCUCGCCACUGAGAAGGAGGCGGAGGAGAGCCACCGGCAAGACAGCGUGAGCUUGCUCACCUUCAUCCUGCUGCUCACGCUCACCAUCCUCACCAUCUGGCUCUUCAAGCACCGCCGGGUGCGCUUCCUGCACGAGACCGGGCUGGCCAUGAUCUACGGGCUCAUCGUUGGGGUGAUCCUGAGGUAUGGCACCCCUGCCACCAGUGGCCAUGACAAGUCACUCAGCUGUACUCAGGAAGACAGGGCUUUCAGCACCUUAUUAGUGAACGUCAGCGGGAAGUUCUUCGAAUACACACUGAAAGGAGAAAUCAGCCCUGGCAAGAUCAACAGCGUAGAGCAGAAUGACAUGCUGAGGAAGGUAACGUUUGAUCCAGAGGUCUUUUUCAACAUUCUUCUGCCUCCAAUUAUCUUCCAUGCCGGCUACAGUUUAAAGAAGAGACACUUCUUCAGAAAUCUCGGGUCUAUUCUGGCGUACGCUUUCUUGGGGACUGCAGUUUCCUGCUUCAUUAUUGGGAAUCUCAUGUACGGAGUGGUGAAGCUCAUGAAGAUAGUGGGGCAGCUCUCGGAUAAGUUCUACUACACAGAUUGUCUCUUCUUCGGAGCAAUAAUUUCUGCCACUGACCCAGUGACCGUACUGGCGAUAUUUAAUGAACUGCACGCAGACGUGGACCUCUACGCACUCCUGUUUGGAGAAAGCGUCCUAAAUGAUGCCGUUGCCAUCGUCCUGUCUUCGUCUAUUGUUGCCUAUCAGCCGGCUGGGCUCAACACUCAUGCCUUUGAUGCUGCUGCCUUUUUCAAAUCAGUUGGCAUCUUCCUGGGUAUAUUCAGUGGCUCUUUUACCAUGGGAGCCGUAACUGGCGUCGUGACGGCUCUCGUGACCAAGUUCACCAAGCUGCACUGCUUCCCCCUCCUGGAGACGGCGCUCUUCUUCCUGAUGUCCUGGAGCACGUUCCUUCUGGCGGAAGCCUGUGGCUUUACAGGCGUUGUGGCUGUCCUCUUCUGUGGAAUCACGCAGGCUCAUUACACCUACAACAAUCUGUCGGUGGAAUCAAGAAGUCGAACGAAGCAGCUCUUUGAGGUGUUACACUUCCUGGCAGAGAACUUCAUCUUCUCCUACAUGGGCCUGGCACUCUUUACCUUCCAGAAGCACGUUUUCAGCCCCAUUUUCAUCAUCGGAGCUUUUGUUGCCAUCUUCCUGGGCCGAGCUGCACACAUCUACCCACUCUCCUUCUUCCUCAACUUGGGCAGAAGGCAUAAGAUUGGCUGGAACUUUCAACACAUGAUGAUGUUUUCAGGCCUCAGGGGCGCGAUGGCAUUUGCGCUGGCCAUCCGUGACACGGCGUCCUACGCUCGCCAGAUGAUGUUCACGACCACCCUCCUCAUCGUCUUCUUCACCGUCUGGAUCAUUGGCGGAGGCACGACCCCCAUGUUGUCGUGGCUUAACAUAAGAGUUGGCGACGAGGAGGCCUCCGAAGAGGACCAGAACGAGCACCGCUGGCCAUACUUCAGAGUCGGUGUGGACCCAGAUCAAGACCUACCACCCAACAAUGACAGCUUUCAAGUCUUACAAGGGGACGGCCCAGACUCUGCCAGAGGGAACCGGACAAAGCAGGAGAGUGCAUGGCUCUUCAGGCUGUGGUACAGCUUUGACCACAAUUACUUGAAGCCCAUCCUCACGCACACUGGCCCCCCGUUAACCACCACACUCCCCGCCUGGUGUGGCCUACUCGCUCGGUGUCUGACCAGUCCCCAGGUAUACGACAACCAAGAACCGCUGAGAGAGGAAGACUCUGACUUCAUCCUCACUGAGGGUGACCUCACCUUGACCUACGGGGACAGCACAGUGACUGCAAAUGGCUCCUCAGGCUCCCACUCGGCCUCUGCAAGCCUUGAGGGCAGCCGGAGAACCAAGAGCAGCUCCGAGGAGGUGCUGGACCGAGCCCUGGGGAUAGGAGACCAGCCAGUUUUGAGCCGGGGCACGCGCCUAGUGUUCCCCCUGGAAAAUGCGUGACUCCCCCCUUCCCCACCCCAGAGCCUGCGGGGAUGGUGGGGUCGGCUCCCUGGCAGGGUGAGGACGGCUGCAAGCCCCAGGGUUGUUCAAGGCGGGGCACUGACUGAGCAGAACUAAUGCUUCUGUUUUCUUGAGGUCUGAAGCUAUCUUAACCUUUACAAUUUAACCCAAGAUGGUGGGGCUAAAGUGUCUCUAAAUCAAGACAGACGCAGACCCAUUCCCACUUUUUCACAUAGUAGUGUGCUGUUCAGAGUUAAACAAACAAAAUAGCAUGCUUUAAUGAUGUAACUCAUUCAGCUGCAGUAUCUGAACAAGGCGUGUGGCGGAGCGGGGGGGGGGGGGCAGUUGGAUUCCCCCCAGGAGAGGCUUCAGACCCGUUUACAGCAGUGCAAGCCUGGCUGGUGGCAGGAACCGCAAGGUGGAGGAGAGCAGGCUAGAAGAAAGGCAGCUGAGACUGCAUCUCCAAGGAUGACGGGAAGCCAGUGGUAAAUGGGACAGAACUCAAGAAGAAGCAAUUGGAGCGGAUGCCACAGGCACCGCAGGGUUGCGGGACUUCAAUAUCACGUCAGGCCUCUGGGCUCUUUGCGACCUGGCUUUCCUCUACACUCAAGAAUGGAAAUCUGUCUGUGAACAUUUGGACCUAGGGAAAGAAUUAGAAUGCCUUCUCUGGAAGCCUCCAUCCAGAAGAAGCUACCAAAAGCAAAACCAAAGGAAAAUCGCGUUACACUGUUGGGCUUUUCACAUUAAUCUGAGGACAGGAGAAACUGGUUAGAAACUGAUGAUGAAAAAUCAGUCUGUUCUUCAGGACCACCAUGCGAGCUGACUGCCUGGCAAAUGAUUCAGAGAGCCGAGAUACCUAUUGUGGGUUUAGGAACAACACCGAAAUUUGUGGGAUGCUUGUAUCUGGGGCAAAGAAAGCAAAAAGAAGACUUAGGAGGCAGUAGGCUAGUAGUCAGAGGACAGGGGGAAGAUCAUGCUGCAAACAAAAUUAACUGCAAAAACAAAAUACAAGCUCCUGUUCUAAAGACCGAGUAGACUUCAGUGGCCACGUGAGAAAUUAGAGGCAAGUCCAUGGAAAAUUAAGCAGUAUUCAGUCCGGUGGAAGGUUCCGUGUACUUUAAGAUGAAGUCUCCAGAUGUCUUGAAGUUGAACGCCAUGUAGAGAAGGGUCAUCAGCUUGGUAUCCGGGGAGGCUUGCACCAGCCGAAAGUGUGAGCGUGAUUUGAAAUUUAGGUUAUUUGAAAACCCGAUUUCUUUAAAAAAACAAUGCUUUCAUAAAAUGUGGGCAUUUGUCUUACUGUGGCUGACAACAUAGUGGCCCAGUCUAGUGCACCCGUAAACAAACCAUCCAUUUAAUCUUCUUAACUCAUGUUUUUAAUGGUUAAUAUUUAGAUAAGAUGUUACGCUUUGCAUUUUGAAUUGAUCGUCUGUGCAAACCAGGCAAAACUUAUUACCAGGUUGAGCCAUAUGAAAUUGCUGAUGUUGAACCAUUUGGAAAAAAAAACAACAAAUGGCAGUUUCAUACGGUUCAAUAUAAUGUAAUUAGAUGCUUUUUAUUCCCCCCCGUCCUUUCCGUCUACCCUAAAAUCCAUUUUGAUUUUUAUCAUGGGCUACCCAUGGGCUUUGUAAGCUUGAAAAAGAAGCCAACCCACAUAUCUGACCCCAUGAGGCUCAGAAUUACCUAGGCUAGUGAAGGACUUCAGAAAUCCUACGAGCCACAGCCAGAGAGACCGCUUUUUUAGAGCGCCCCUGCAUGGGAGGCCAUCUUGUCAUGGGGUCAGAGUGCGGAGAGCAGCUUACCAGGCUGGAGAUGUGCAUAUGUGCCAGAGCCCAGAGCCAGCACUGGUUUUAUUUACAGCAGAGCUCUCUUGGUAAUGACCAGUGAGGCCUAUACACUUGAAAGGUGAAGUGUGUGUGUGUGUGUGUGUGUGUGUGUGUGGUGUGUGUGUGUGUGUGUGUGUGUGUGUGUGUGUGUGUGUUAUUUGCAGAGAUGGAGGAGUAGGCUGGUGGCUCUUUGGUUGGGUCUUUAUAAAGCCUUGUUUAUCUCUUAUGUUGCUUACUUAUUUCAUUUUGGAGGGAGGAAGCUACCAGGAAAACCCUGAUAUGGUUCUUGAAAAUAGCCACCCUGGCUAUCUAGGGGCCCGCCCUGUCUUAAUAAACGUCAAGGCUUCAUUGUCAUUAAUGGUUUUCCAGGAAACCUUCAGCAAAUUAGUAAGACAUUAAGGAGGAAAAAUAACCAGAGUUUUCCAUCCAAGACCUAUGUCAAUCCACAGAUUGUUGGCUUUUCCCCCAAAAGGGUCUUGUCGUCUUGUCUGUAAACCUUUUAUUAGGACCUACUUCAAUAUAAGUAAGUGGAGAUUUGCCAAGACCAACAUUUUGCUAGGGUGGUAGUCCUUUGGUUGGAUUUUUUUAUUCCGUGGCUAACAGUAAGUCACUGACCUAUGGUUCUAAUUCUGGUUUGCAAGAUGUGGAGAAUAAUCUUGACCUUACUAGAGGUCCUGGGAAAUGAGUGCAUGCAUCGUAAUGCUUCCGUCUUCUAGAAGUGUUAUGCCCAUGCUGAGUGGGUGCCCUGAAGCCCAGAAACCAUCUCCACACAAGACCAGUCUGGCAUAAAUCAGGUUCAAACCGCAGAGUGCAUCCAAUUUCACAUGUUUUUAACACAUUUAACAUCUUAUAAACAUUCUUGUUCUGGGUUGGGGGAGGGGAUGACAGUUCAGCAGAGCUGGAUAUAAUUCUAGAGCACAAGUUCUCAACCCUGGCUAUCCAGGUAGGUUUGGAGUGGGGCCUGCCUUCCAUGCUUUGUUUAGGGUGAUGAGCCUUUUAGCCUAGACCUUGCAGCAGACCCUAUUUGGAGCCUUAAAGAAUGGCCUAGCAAAUUAAGUUUCCUUUAAUUGCCAGUCACAUGGAACACCCUGAGCAUUGACCACUAACUGCCUGGGAAGCCAUCAAAGAGUUCCGUGCAGACAAUCUUGGCAGAACUCCAGAACUUACUCCCUAAAGUACAACUGACAGCAUCACAUUUGAGAACCUUAGUGCAUGAAAUGGAGAGAAGGGUGAUGUGAGGGGAUGUACUGGGCGGCAGGGGUGGGGGGGCAGGAUGAAAACCUGUCCUCUUUGCCCCCAUUUGUGGAAAGCAAAGGGGUUCAGUCUUAGCCGAGCAGCCAAGUGUCAAGUGGAAGGUGUUGGAGAAGCUGGCUUUUCAACUCAAUGUGCGGUUUAAUGGGGUCCCCUUUGCAGUGAAGUCAACUUUCUUUCUCGCCACACUUACCUUGCCCCUGUGUCUGCGUCCACAUGGGAGACCUCAGGGUAGAGGUUGGGCCCGCAGUAAGUGGAUGCUUGUGACCCCUUCUCGGUCACGAGGAAGCGGCGAUGGCAGAGGGGAGGCACAAAGUCCGGCUGUUUGUCCCUUUUAAUACUCUUUUCGGGCACUACAAGGAGACCUGAACUUCGUCUCCUCCAGAGGCAAUUUGGACUUUAAACAAGGCUGCGUUUCCUCCUAGGAAGCCGAUCUAGGAAGAGCACAUAGGUGAUUACACGGACUCUGCUCAUCCAGGGUACUCCCUGGGCUGCCCAAACAGCACUGAUGCCUUGCAGCCAAGAAUCACUCUGCGACAUCGAAUGUGUCAUCAGGCACACAGUAAGGAGCUUUCAGGCUGUGUUCUCUAGACCCGAAAACAUCCUCUGCGGUUUGGUUGACGUGAGAAGUGUCAUCUCAGAUGUCCAUGCACAUUUCAGUGGAGGGUAAUCUCCUUCCAAAAUACAGGGCUGUAUCAUGACAUCCCUCGAGCCCUGGUCCACUCUCCUUCCCCCUUUCUUUGCCCACAGGGGCAGUUAAUGUCGCCAUGCCAGAUAUUUAAUAUGAACAGAAUGAUUUCUAAAUGUAAAAACAACACUGAUGCCCUUAGGGGAGACUGGUGGGGGGCAGGGGGAUGGCAACAGAGGGGGAAAUCACCCUCUCGGGCACCUAGCCUGGUCCCCACUGUUAGUCCUAAAAGGUGCGUCACAAACCUGACUGUGCCAUCUGUUGUAAGAUGGGAUCUGGAAUGAGGGCUUCUGGAAGGUCAACUUGCUGAUUCAAAAAGUAUGUGACUUCCUAUUCCACUUUGGAAAAAUGGGGAACUUGACACAUUUCACGCCUGCCUCUUGAUGUUGAUUCUGCAGACAAGUUCGUGCAGGACUGAGGCUGGCACAUGCUAUAAAAGUGGUAUCGCUGACUUCCUAUCUCUUAUGUUGGUUUUUAAGUGAAACUCUGGCCCCACCAAUGUCCGGUGCUGUGCUCUGACACAGUCCGUCGAAGGAACCUAGUGGCCAAGAGUUACAGACAAGCUGUCUGAAUGUGCUUUCACUUUACACCUGAAGAGACCCUCCCCUUUCUAAAACCUAAUAAGGAGAAAAUACAGAGACAUACUGUAGGAAGCUCUGCCAGUCUCUCACUAGGAAAAGCAAGUAGGCUCUUCUCUUUGACAGUCUUUUCAAAACCAGAACCUAGAAAUCAACCCCUUUUCCCUGUUUCGAUUUUCAUAAGUGGAGCUUUUUUUUUUUCUAACUGACAAGCAUGUCUUGUCACCCAAUGCUAGCAGCAAUCGUGAAAAGCAAAACCAAAGCUUUUGAUGUUCGUUUUACUUCUGUAAGCAGUUUUCUGCCACACGAGCCUGGGAGAAGAUGAGAAGGAGGGACUGCCCGUUCUGCUGCAUUUUGAAAAGCCCCGAAAUGCACAUGAGAGCACUGGGAGGGCAGCCCCUCUUUCGGAUGGCCGCCUUUGAAAACAGGGUACACAGAAUUGCCAAAUGUCAGGGUCAGUGGAAAAUGGCUGGGCGUGUAUAUGUUGGAGGAACUCCGAUAGGAAGGGGCUUCUAAACAGCACCAAGAACUCCGCAUCUGCUGUCCACAGCACUGAAAAGUUGAGACCCCAGUGCUACUGGGGGACUGUCCGAUGGCUUGGACUUUUGGGAGUGGACUUUUGUUGGAAUGAUUCCAGCUGUGGGCUUCAGGGAAGCAGAGGAAUGACUUCCGGUCGUAUGGGUGUGAAGUCUGUGGAUUCGGAAUUCAUCACUGAAGUCACUCCUUCAAAAUGUGUGACUUGAGGAUCACCUCCUCCUGGUUGUCUUUUUAUUUUUCACAGAAAAAUACGUCUGGGUCUUCUUACUUAGGAGGUUUCACUAUGUCCCAUAAAAUGACCAAAUGGGAAGGUCACCAAGAUUCAUUUAAUAGCUGCAAAGAAGUUUUUUAAAAAUAGAAUAGGAUGGAUUUACCACGGGCUGAUAGGACCGUCCGGAGGGGGACUAUUUAUAGAGCGCUUACAUCAUGUAAUUGGGGAGAGUGGUAUCUGGUUUCCAUUCAUCAGUAGCAAAUCGGUGGUCUUAUAAAAUUAACAUUAUAGUAUGUUAUAUAAGUAAACAUGUUGUUCGAAAUAAAUGUUUUAACUGUGAAAAAGUGAAGACUUCGAGUUAUCAGCAGCCUUUAUGUGCAAUAAGGAAAACUGAGGUUAGGCCCCCAAAGUGCUAACUUUCCCUAGCAUUUUACUUCAUGUUUGCCUUUGUGUAUAUGUUUAGAUUGAUAUUGUAAAGCUAGCCACAUGUCUUCCUGCCUUUGACUGAUAUUUAACACAUUUUUCUCAAAGCUUUUUUUUUUUUUUUACAAAACUCAAAAUAAAAAGAUUAACUGGCUGAGCUCAUCUUGUUUUUGCAUUUUAUAAGUAUUGUCAGUUACUAGCAAAAUGCGGUGUGAUCCUUUUCUCAGUGUGUUUCUAAGACAAAUCAAGGCUAGCCAGCCCCUCUGCACCAAAUCUGGCCCACAACCUAUUUUUGUAAAUAAAGUUUUAUUGGAAUGCA